GCAGAGGGUCACCUUCUGGCAUGGAUUCACACAAAGCCCAAGCCAAUGCCCUGUGGCCUGGGGGCAGAGGAAGAGGAAGGCUAGCCAGGCAGGGAAAAGCACAGGGCAAAGGAGGGAACAGGAGGAGGGUUUGCUGCUGAAAUGCCCAUCACUCCCAACCCUGGGCAUCUGCCUCGAUCCCUCUCCAUCCCUCCUAGUCAGCCAGCAGGACACAGAGCUCAGCUGCUGUCUCUCACCAGGACUUUCUGCUCCAGCUUCCAGCCCAUGGCCAACCUGUGAAGAUGGGGAUGCCAAGUGGUCUCCAUCCCUCCCCCAGGUACCCCUGGGGCAGAAACCAACCCACCUGCUCCGGAGCCAAGAGCGUGGGGAUCCUCCUCCUGAUGGUUUGCCUUUGGGGCACAGCCUCCCCAGAUCCAGAGGGGCUUCGUCUGGUGGACGGCCCCGGCCGCUGCGCUGGGCGAGUGGAGGUGCUCCACAAUGGGACAUGGGGGACAGUGUGCGAUGACAACUGGAGCGUCCAUGAGGGACAGGUCGUGUGCCGCCAGCUGGGCUGUGGGACGGUGCUGUCCGUCUCAAAGGGGGCUCGGCACGGAGAAGGCAUGGGCCAGAUCUGGCUGGACGAUGUGAACUGCACGGGGACGGAGGCUGCCCUCUCUGAAUGCCAGUCCAGGCCAUGGGGACAGCACAACUGCCACCACGUGGAAGAUGCCAGCGUUGAGUGCUCAGACUCCAGGACCUCGGAGUUGGGCACGCUGCAGCUGCUCAAUGGCCCCAACCGCUGCGCGGGGAGAGUGGAGGUGCUCCAUGACCACAUGUGGGGCACUGUCUGCGAUGAUGGCUGGGACCUCAUGGAUGCCACUGUGGUGUGCCGGCAGCUGGGCUGUGGGACGGCGCUGAUGGCCACCAAGGGGGCUCACUAUGGGAGAGGCCAGGACCCCAUCUGGUUGGAUGAGGUGAACUGCACGGGCACAGAGGCCACCAUCUUCGACUGCAAGGCCCGUGCAUGGGGGGUCAACAACUGCUACCACGGCGAGGAUGCUGGUGUGGUGUGUUCAGCCUCAGGAGUGUCCAUCUCAGCGGAGCUCCGCCUGGCCAACGGUACAACGCGCUGCAAUGGAAGGGUCGAGGUCUUCCACAAUGCCACCUGGGCAGCCCUCUGCGAUGACGGCUGGGGGCUGGCUGAGGCUCAAGUGGUGUGCAGGCAGCUGGGCUGUGGGACAGCGCUGUUGGCUCCCGGUGGGUCUCAUUUUGGGCAAGGAUCAGGACAGAUGUGGCCGGGCAGUGUGAACUGCACGGGAGCAGAAACUGCCCUCUUUGCUUGCAAGAUGAGACCCUGGAGCAACAGCACGCAUCAUCCUCGGACAUCAGCUGGCGUGGUGUGUGCAGAGGGUGACCAGGUCCGGCUGGUGAACUACGGGAGCCGCUGCGCUGGAAGGGUUGAGAUCUUUCACAACAAGCAGUGGGGAACUGUGUGUGAUGACAACUGGGAUUUGCUGGAUGCCAACGUGGUGUGCAGGCAGCUGGGCUGUGGGAGAGCCCUCUCAGCCCCUGGAUGGGCUCAGUUUGGGCAAGGGACUGGCGUCAUCUGGCUGGAUGAGACGAAUUGCACGGGGUUUGAGUAUGCCCUGUCUACCUGCUGGGCCAGGCAGUGGGGCAUCAAUAAUUGCUACCAUGGGGAAGACGCUGGUGUGGUGUGCUCAGAUGCGCUCAUCCCCGAGCCCGCUCGUCUCCGACUGGUGAACGGCUUUCACCGCUGUGCUGGCCGAGUGGAGGUGUUUCAGGAUGAGGAGUGGGGAGCUGUGUGUGACCAUGGCUGGGAUAAGAAGGAUGCCGAGGUCGUGUGCCGGCAGCUGGGCUGUGGGACAGCGCUGUCAGCCUCGGGGGAAAUUCACUUGGGUGCUGGAUCUCUCCACACGUGGCUGGACAACGUGAGCUGCGAGGGGACUGAACAAUCCCUCAUGAAAUGCAGGGCAAGCCCAUUGGGAAAAAGCAGCUGCAGCCAUGGGAAAUACGCCAACGUGGUGUGCUCAGGCUCUGCUGUUUCCAGCCUUGCCCCAGUCCGGCUGGUGGACGGCCCAGGCCGUUGUGCUGGGAGAGUGGAAGUGUUCCACAAUGAUCAAUGGGGAACCGUGUGUGAUGACAGCUGGGAGUUCCCAGACGCUGAGGUGGUGUGCCGGCAGCUGGACUGUGGGGUGGUUAUUUCGGCCCCACGGAGGGCUUACUUUGGCCAGGGACAGGGCCCCAUCUGGCUGGACGACGUGAACUGCACAGGGACGGAGGCUGCUCUUUCCGAAUGCAAGCUCAAGGGAUGGGCUGUCCACAGCUGUGAUCAUGAUGAAGAUGCCAGCGUGGUGUGCUCAGGAUCAGGCAUUUCCGACCUCGGAGAGCUCCGCCUUGUGAAUGGCUCAGACAAAUGCUCGGGGAGACUUGAGGUUUUUCAUGACCAGCGCUGGGGGACUGUCUGUGCUGACGGCUGGGACCUGGCCGAAGCCCAUGUGGUGUGCAGGCAGCUGGGCUGUGGGGCAGCACGCUCGGCCACGGACUCGCCCCAGUUUGGGAAAGGACCUGACCUGCUCUGGGUGGAUGCUGUGCAGUGCACUGGGACGGAGCGAGCCCUCUUCGAAUGCAAGGUCAAGCUCUGGGGAGCCCAGAACUGCAAGUCUAGGGGAUAUGCAAGUGUCGUGUGCUCUGUGGCCGUAGAUGCAGACCUGGGCAGCCCAGAAGCCCUGCGGUUGGUGAAUGGUCCCAACCGCUGCUCAGGGCGGGUGGAGGUGUUCCACAGCUGGCAGUGGGGCACCAUCUGUGAUGACGGCUGGGACCUGAACGAUGCCAAAGUGGUGUGCCGGCAGCUGGGCUGUGGGACAGCGGUGUCAGCCCAAGGGUUAUCUUCCUUUGGGCAAGGGUCUGGCCCCAUCUGGCUAGAGGGGGUGAGAUGUCUUGGGACAGAAGCAACACUUGCUGAAUGCCCCUUCAAGCCCUGGGGACUCCACACAUGUAGCCAUAUGGAAGAUGCCAGCGUUGUGUGCUCAGGCUCAGGGAUCUCCACAACCACCACGCUUCGGCUGGUGGGUGGUUUGAACAAGUGCAUCGGGAGGGUCGAGAUGUUUUAUAACAACGAGUGGGGGACAGUCUGCGAUGACAGCUGGGACAUGAGCGAUGCCAUGGUGGUGUGCCGGCAGCUGGGCUGCGGGACGGCUCUUUCAGCCCCAGGAUCGGCUCGGUUUGGGUGGGGAUCCGGUCGCAUCUGGCUGGAUGAAGUCAACUGCACAGGGGAAGAAAAUGACAUCUCCCAGUGCAAAGCAAAGACUUGGGGUGUCCACAACUGCCACCAUGGGGAAGAUGCCGGCGUGGUGUGCUCAGGAAACUCGAGCUCAGCCGAACUGCGGCUGGUGAACGGCCCCAGCCGCUGCACCGGGAGAGUGGAGGUGCUGCACGAUGGGCUGUGGGGGACGGUGUGUGACGACGGCUGGGACCUGAAUGAUGGCAAAGUGGUGUGCCGGCAGCUGGGCUGUGGGGUGGUGCUGUCAGCCCCUGGCAGGGCUCGCUUCGGGCAAGGCACCGGGCACAUCUGGCUGGAUGACGUGAACUGUGUUGGGACUGAGAACACCCUUUCCCACUGCCGAGCCAGCCCCUGGGGGCGGAAUAACUGCAACCACAGAGAAGACGCCAGCGUGGUGUGCUCAGAGCCGGACACCUCAAAAUCCUCCUUACUGCGUCUGGUGAAUGGCCCCAACCGCUGCACCGGGAGAGUGGAGGUGUUUCAUGACGGGCAGUGGGGGACGGUGUGUGACGACGGCUGGGACCUGCGGGCUGCCACCGUGGUGUGCCGGCAGCUGGGCUGUGGCAGGGCUGAGUCUGCCCCCAGCGGGGCUCGAUAUGGGCAAGGCACAGGGCACAUCUGGCUGGAUGACGUGAACUGUGCCGGGACUGAGGACACCCUUGCCCACUGCCAAGCCAGACCCUGGGGACAGAAUAAUUGCAACCACGGUGAAGAUGCCGGUGUGGUGUGCUCAGACUCCAACACCACGGAGUCUGUGCAGGUCCGGCUGGUGAACGGCCCCAACCGCUGUGCCGGGAGAGUGGAGGUUUUUCACAAUGCACAGUGGGGAACUGUGUGUGACGACGGCUGGGACCUGAGUGAUGCCAAGGUGGUGUGCCAGCAGCUGGGCUGUGGGACAGCAGUGUCGGCCCCGGGCAAGGCUCAUUUUGGACAAGGGGCUGACCCCAUCUGGCUGGAUGAUGUGGAGUGCACGGGCACCGAAGCCAACUUCUCCCAUUGCAUCCUGAACGGCUGGGGGCUCCACAACUGCAACCACGAGGAAGAUGCGGGAGUCGUGUGCUCAGGCACCAACCCCUUGCAGCUGCGGGUUACGGAUGGUCGGAGCCCCUGCGCCGGGCGCGUGGAGGUGCAGUACAACGCCACCUGGUACAGCAUCUGCAGCAGCGGAUGGAGCUUGCUGGAGGCAGAGGUGGCCUGCAAGCAGCUGGGCUGUGGGCCAGCACAGUCCGUGCCCACGGGAGCCCAUUUCAGCCGGGAGCACCACCGUGCCUUCCUGGAGGGGCUGAGCUGCCGGGGCACGGAGUCACUCCUCCUGGAGUGCCAGCGGAGCAAGAUCAGCCCAGGGCCGUGCAGGAACGGUGCGACAGCUGGCUUGGUGUGCUCGGAGCCGAAAGGCUCUCCAUCGUCCUGCUCCGCGCUGGUGGCACUGCUUGCCCUGAUGAUGAUGGCGAGUGGAGUCCUGCUGUGGCUCUACCUGAAAAGGAGGUGCAUCGGCACAGACCUAGCUGCAGACCGUGGGCGCCCCAGGGAGCAAGGUGCCUCUGCAACACCUUUCCAGGCUCCAGGAGCCAUCUACUACCCAGCCAAAGGAGAGUCUCCCGAGGAUGCCGACACGGAGAUGACUCAGCUAAUGAAGGAAGAUGCUGCCCCGUGAUGCUGGCACAAUUCCUGGUGCAGGAGUGGCCCCCGAUAC